GUUACUCAGCUGGUGACGGUCACCAUGGACAGCUCACCUUACUUCAAGUUGGUCAGCCCCGAUGGUGUGUGUCAUCAGGUGCCACCAGGAUCAUUUUGUACAAUAAACAUCCUUUUCACGCCUGAGGGAAGCAAGGAUUAUUCCCACCAGCUUGUCUGCACCACCGAAAAGGAAAUGCUCACUGUGCCAAUCCGGGCCAUUGGUGCCCACCCAGUCUUGGACUUCCCUGACCAGUUGGACUUCUCGGAGUGUCCAGUCAACUACAGCACCCAGAAGACUCUGCUGGUUCACAACAUUGGUAACCUGGAAGCCCAUUACAGCCUCAGCACCGAGAGCCCUUUCACUGUCAGUCCAGCCACGGGAACCCUCAAUGUUGGUGAAACCAUGCAAGUGACAGUGGAAUAUUACCCACUGGAGACCGGGGAUCAUUCCACACCCCUGGUGGUGCACUGUGACAGAGGUCAAGAUACCCGCACCAGACUUGUUGGAGAAUCUGUGGACCUCAACAUUGGGCUUGGCAACUAUUCUUUGAAAUUUGACAAGACUUAUCUCACACUGUCAAGCCACAAAACCAUGGUCAUCCACAACAGAAGUGACAUCACAGCCCAAUUCCAGUGGAAGGCUUUUGCUACUGAGGGAGAGGAGUAUCACCAGAAGAUCAGGCUGUCUCACAAACUGUCCCGGCCACCCCAGGACAUAGCGAAGGAUUUGAUGAUGGAACGCUAUGAGGAGGUUCACCUUUACUAUCGCAAGCUCGAGAAUGAGACAGCAAAGAUUCAAGCAGACCCCUUGUUGUUCUCAGACGACGUUUUCACCAUUGAGCCCUUGGAGGGAGAGGUUGGUUCGCACAGUUCAGCAGAAAUCAAGGUGUUGUUUAAACCCCGCAAAGCCCAAGCCUAUGGAAGAGUGGCCUACUGUGCCAUCUCAGGCCGUGAGAGCAGGCUGCCCCUGCAGCUCACAGGGGAAGGCCUCGGGCCCUGCCUCCAACUCAACUUUGAGGAAAUCAACAUGGGGCAACUUUUUGUUGGAGAAACCUACAGCUAUGAGGUACUCCUGGUUAACAAAGGAGCUAUUGACGCUCCCUUUGAGCUCAUCCCUUCAACCACAGCCCACGGCUCCUGCUUCACCUUUCUGCCCCAGCAGGGCAUCAUUCCACCAAAUGGCCUCCAGCCCAUACAGAUCUCCUUCAGUUCCACCACCCUGGGGGAGUUCUAUGAAGAAUUUCAUUUUAAUGUGACUGCAUCCCCUAAGCCUGUGACCUUGACUAUCAGGGGCUGCAUCACCGGACUGAGCCUGCAUUUCAGCACAGGAGCCCUUGACUUCAAUGACGUCUCCUUUGGCUUUCCUCACACCUUGUCGUGCCGCCUGAUCAACACCUCCGUGGUGCCCAUCACCUUCCACCUUCGCAUUCCUGAGGAUGGCCUGGGACAACCCAGCCUUACCAGCUUUGAUCAAAUGAAAGACAACGCUCACCCAUCCUGGGGAAAAGGCACACCGGCUCAAUGUCAUGAGAAACCAAAGGAAUUUACCAUGACACCCACCACAGGAACCAUCUCCUCCCAGAGAUUCCAGGAGAUCAGGGUCACUCUGUGUUCCAAUGAUGUGAGACAAUAUGACUGCGAUAUGGUGGUGGACGUGGAUGGUUUUGGCAAGGCGGUGUUGGCUCUGCGCCUCAAAGCCAGAUGUGUCGUUCCUGAUCUGCGUUUGCUCAACUCCAGCCUCAACAGUGGACAGUGCUCUGUAAAGGAGCCUUGCGAGCAGAAGCUGACCCUUGUGAACCCUAGCCCCCUUCCGGGAUGCUACAGAGUUCUUCCUCAGAGACACCAAGAGGCUGCUGCUCUGUGGUACUCCUGCCCCAAGCCGUGUGGGAUUAUCCAGGGUCACGAGGUGCUGGAGAUCCCAAUCACAGUUGAAGUCCAGGCGGUGGGUGCUCAUUCCACCAUGGCGGACAUCGCCGUGUUCGGGAAGGAAGGACACCCACUG